AUGUUUAUGACUCCGACACCAAAACGAGCUUGGGGCAAACGCCUUGUGCUAUUGGUGCUCUCCGCGACACCAUUUUUUCUGUUGGGAGAUGUGGCCCUGGUCAACCCGCUUGCUCGGCUCCCUCCGUCGAGCACGUCUGCAGAGAUUGCCGACGUUCUGAUACGCGAUGGCAUCGUAGUCUUGGAUCAAUGGACAACCCGCGAGAAAGUGGCCGCAGCGUUGCAGGAGCUCGAGACUGGGCGCAUGUCUGAAGGCCGCAAUGUGCGUUUCGGGGGCAGCACGCAGCUGCUGAAGUGGCCCUUGGAUCCCGAGAAGGAGGCAGCUCUGCUGGGCCUUGCGGCGGACACGGUUCUGCAGGAAGCCAUUGAGCUGGCUCGACGCGUUCACGGGCAAGGUUCGCACCACGCCAUUGCCUGGGAGGUUCGACUACUGAUCCUGGCGCCUGGCACCCCGGAAGGUGACAUGCACCGGGAUGUCGUGGACACCUCGAAGGUCCCGCUGCAAAGACCCCUCCAGUGGGGGCUCAACACCAUAUGGGCUGUCGAUGACUUCACGAUUGACAACGGCGCCACCAGAUUUGUGCCCGGGAGCCAUUCUGGAAGUAUGCCUCAGGGGCACUGGUCGGGUGAACAGCCCGAGGCGCAGCAGGCUGCUGCAGCCACCAUGUCAGCCGGCUCUGUCGUUAUCUACUAUGCCAGCACACUACAUGGGAGCGGUGAGAACCGAUCGCCAAAGACGCGAACAGGUUUAAAUUUCAACUACGCCUUUGUUGACGAAGCUGGCGGCCGACCAUUCGACUGGGGCUACUGA